GCGGUGACGGAGGUUGGAAGCCUGGCCGACAGCAGGCGGAGGCGUCAGGAGGCGGAAUCCUCCUGUGCGAAGCACUGGGGUGGGGAGGGGGGCGGGGAGGAGGGAAGCGGGGCCACGGGCCGCGGACCGAGCCGCCCGGACAGAGCAGGCUAAGGAGAUGGAAGGCGACGGGGUGCCGUGGGGGAGCGAGCCCGUCUCGGGUCCUGGCCCGGGCGGCGGCGGAUUGAUCCGCGAGCUGUGCCGGGGCUUCGGCCGCUACCGCCGCUACCUGGACCGGCUGCGGCAGAACCUGCGCGAAACCCAGAAGUUCUUCCGCGACAUCAAGUGCUCCCACAGCCACAGUUGUCCCUCCUCCCCCACGGGCGGCGGCGGGGCCGAGCGCGGCCCUGCCGGCGACGUCGCCGAGCCCGGGCUGCAGGCGGGCCAGCUGAGCUGCAUCGCCUUCCCACCUAAGGAAGAGAAGUACCUCCAGCAGGUUGUGGACUGCCUUCCCUGCAUCUUGAUCCUCGGCCAGGAUUGUAAUGUCAAGUGCCAGCUGCUGAACCUGCUGUUGGGGGUGCAGGUGCUUCCCACCGCCAGGCUGGGCAGUGAGGAGAACUGUAAGCUGCGGCGCCUCCGCUUCACCUAUGGGACUCAGACUCGGGUCAGCCUGGCGCUCCCUGGCCAGUACGAACUAGUGCACACGCUGGUUGCUCACCAGGGCAACUGGGAGACCAUCCCUGAGGAGGACCUGGAGGUCCAAGAGGACGGUGAGGACGCCGCCCCUGUUUUAGCCGAACUGGAGGUGACGAUGCACCACGCUCUCUUACAGGAUGUGGACAUUGUGGUAGCACCGUGCCAAGGCCUCCGGCCUGCAGUGGAUGUUCUGGGUGACUUGGUGAAUGAUUUCUUGCCUGUGAUAACCUAUGCACUCCACAAAGACGAACUGUCUGAGAGGGACGAGCAAGAGCUUCAGGAAAUCCGAAAGUAUUUCUCCUUUCCCGUAUUCUUUUUCAAAGUGCCGCAGCUGGGCUCGGAGAUCAUUGCCUCAUGUACCAGAAGAAUAGAGAGUGAAAGAUCAGCCCUCCAUCACCAGCUGAUGGGCCUGGGCUACCUGAGUAGCAGUCACUGCAACUGUGGGGCCCCUGGCCAAGACACUAAAGCUCAGAGCAUGUUGGUGGAGCAAAGUGAGAAACUGAGGCACUUGAGCACAUUUUCCCAGCAGGUGCUACAGACUCGCCUGGUGGACGCAGCCAAGGCCCUGAACCGGGUGCACUGUCUCUGCCUCGACAUCUUUAUUAACCAGGCCUUUGACAUGCAGCGGGACCUACAGAUCACUCCCAAACGUCUGGAAUAUACUCGAAAAAAGGAAAAUGAGUUGUACGAAUCACUGAUGAAUAUUGCUAACCGAAAGCAGGAAGAAAUGAAGGACAUGAUUGUUGAGACGCUUAACACCAUGAAGGAGGAACUUCUGGAUGAUGCUGCCAACAUGGAAUUUAAAGAUGUUAUUGUCCCCGAGAAUGGAGAGGCAGUGGGCACCAGAGAAAUCAAAUGCUGCAUCCGGCAGAUCCAGGAGCUCAUCAUCUCCCGGCUCAAUCAGGCAGUGGCUAACAAGCUGAUCAGCUCAGUGGAUUACCUGCGCGAGAGCUUCGUCGGGACCCUGGAACGCUGUCUGCAGAGCCUGGAGAAGUCCCAGGACGUCUCUGUUCACAUCACCAGUAAUUAUCUCAAACAGAUCUUAAAUGCCGCCUAUCACGUUGAAGUUACGUUUCACUCAGGGUCCUCGGUUACAAGGAUGCUAUGGGAGCAAAUCAAACAGAUCAUCCAGCGCAUCACGUGGGUGAGCCCACCUGCCAUCACGCUGGAAUGGAAGAGGAAGGUAGCCCAGGAAGCCAUCGAGAGCCUCAGUGCCUCCAAGUUGGCCAAGAGCAUCUGUAGCCAGUUCCGGACCCGGCUCAACAGUUCUCACGAAGCUUUUGCAGCCUCCUUGCGGCAGCUAGAAGCUGGCCACUCAGGCCGGUUGGAGAAAACAGAGGAUCUGUGGUUGAAGGUUCGGAAAGAUCAUGCCCCACGCCUGGCUCGCCUUUCUUUGGAAAGCCGUUCUUUACAGGAUGUCUUGCUGCAUCGUAAACCUAAACUGGGACAGGAGCUAGGCCGGGGCCAGUAUGGUGUGGUGUACCUGUGCGACAACUGGGGAGGACACUUCCCUUGUGCCCUCAAGUCGGUCGUCCCUCCGGAUGAGAAGCACUGGAAUGACCUGGCUUUGGAGUUCCACUACAUGAGGUCUCUGCCGAAGCACGAGCGCUUGGUGGAUCUGCAUGGCUCGGUCAUCGACUACGGCUACGGCGGGGGCUCCAGCGUCGCCGUGCUGCUCAUCAUGGAGCGGCUGCACCGGGACCUCUACACUGGGCUGAAGGCUGGGCUGACGCUGGAGACCCGUCUGCAGAUAGCACUAGAUGUGGUGGAAGGGAUCCGCUUCCUGCACAGCCAGGGACUCGUGCACCGUGAUAUCAAGCUAAAAAAUGUCCUGCUGGACAAGCAGAACCGUGCCAAGAUCACUGACUUAGGAUUCUGCAAGCCAGAGGCCAUGAUGUCAGGCAGCAUUGUGGGGACGCCAAUCCAUAUGGCCCCUGAACUUUUCACAGGGAAGUACGAUAAUUCCGUCGAUGUCUACGCCUUUGGCAUUCUCUUCUGGUAUAUCUGCUCCGGCUCUGUCAAGCUCCCUGAAGCAUUUGAGAGGUGUGCCAGCAAAGACCAUCUCUGGAACAAUGUGCGGAGAGGGGCCCGGCCAGAGCGUCUUCCUGUGUUUGACGAGGAGUGCUGGCAGUUGAUGGAGGCCUGCUGGGAUGGGGACCCCUCUCAGAGACCUCUCUUGGGCAUCGUCCAACCCAUGCUCCAGGGCAUCAUGGACCGGCUCUGCAAGUCAAAUUCUGAGCGGCCAAACAGAGGACUCGAUGAUUCUACUUGAAAGCAAAGACCUUUCUCCUUUACUCUCUAUUUCUUUCCUUCCCCUCACCUCUUGGCCAUGGGAAGAAUUUGACAUUUAUUCAGAAAGCUCCCAAGGGAACUGAUGCUUGCUGGGCAGCUUGAGACCUUCCCAGGCAGCGAUGCCUCCCGGAUAGUGAAGAGUUGGCUGGCUGUGGGGCAUGUUAAGCACCUCACUGAUGCCCCAAGCCAUCCUGUUAGCAAAGGAUUGUCUAGGACACGUAAACGCCGAAGAAUGCAAUGUUCCAGCCUCAGAACUGAAAAGGAGGCAAAUGUACCAGUUGUCUGUUCACUGUAUGUUGGCUAAGACAGGCGGGGCACUGCAGUGGCGAUAGUAUUAAAAACUAUAAUUUUCAUAAUUUUGGCUCUAGCUAGGAAUAGUUUGGUUCUCUCCCGUCGUCAGGACCCUUAGGAAAUUUGAACUAAGUUCCGGAAUUGUGAGAACAUAGGAGCAAAACAGCAACUUGCUGCUCCCUGCACCCGGAUCUCAGGUUGCAGAGGUCAGAGGCCCCAGUGAGGGAGCUAGAAACAGAGCUGUCUGUUCCUUAUAGUGCCAGCAUGUUUACAUUUAUAGGACUGACUACUGGGGGUGGGUGUCACGGUUACAUCACCAAGAGGCCACAGAAAGA